UUAAGGCCAAUUCCCAUCUAAGCAGCAUCGAGCGGCGCGACGCAGAGCGACGCCGAGCAGCAUGAAGCAGCGCUUUUAUGUAUCUGUUCCCACCUAAACAGCAUGAGGCAGCAUACGCGACGCGUAGUUUUGAUCUAGCCGUCAAGAUGUCAUCAUCUUCGUCAUCAGACGAUUUUAUAUUUCUCGCAGCUGUAUCCCAUGAACUCGAAAAGAGAAAAAAAUGCAAGCGAAAAUAUUGGGUCCAUGACAUAUUUCGUGCAAGGCUGAAUGAAGGCGAAUUCCAUACACUUUUCGGACGACUCCAGCAAGAUGAACAGAAAUUUUACAAGUACUAUCGAAUGUCUUCAGAAACUAUUCGAUCUCUUGCGCAUUCCAUUAACCAAGCAAAAUACAAAAUUUCGGCAAAGCAUCAGUCCACACGAGAGACUGACAAUUUUUCUAAGGUUUUUGUCAACGGAAGCAGACUACCAGACACUGUUUUUCAACUUUAGAAUAGGACACUCCACUAUACACAAGAUUAUAAAUCAUACCGCCAAUGUUAUUUGGGAGACUUUAGGAAACAUUGUUAUGCCACAACCCACAACACAGUUACUUCAGUAUUGUGCAAACAAAUUUGAAAGUACUUGGAACUUUCCUAAUUGUGUGGGUGCGAUAGAUGGCAAGUAUGUCACUAUACAAGCACCUCCCAGAAGUGGAUCCUUGUAUUUCAAUUAUAAGAAAUCAUUUUCAGUAGUGUUGUUAGCUAUUGUAGAUGCAGAAUACAGAUUCGUUGCGGUGGAUGUUGGAGCAUACGGUAAAAAUAGCGAUGGUGGAAUAUUUAAUGAUUCAAAUAUGAGAAGAAGUCUUAAAAAUGGAACUUUUGGAAUGCCUAAGGAUCGAGCCAUCACCGCAAAUGGCGAAUCUUUACCACAUGUAAUAGUGGGAGACGAAGCGUUCCCUUGUAAAACUUAUUUAAUGAGACCUUAUUCAGGACGCGGAUUGUCACAAGAUAAAAGGAUUUUCAACUAUCGUCUCUCAAGAGCUCGUAGACUCUCCGAAAAUGCUUUUGGGAUUCUUUGUCAAAAGUUUAGAAUAUUCUUGAAUAAAUUAAAUAUUCACCCAAAAAAUGCCGAUAAAAUAAUUUUAUCUAGUCUAUGUUUGCAUAACUUCCUUAGAAAUGACAAUUACUUUUUAACCGUACUAGAGCAAGAAAAAACAGAAAAUGAAGCUCCAGUUCUUACAUUGGAGGAAAAUGCUCUAGUGAAGCAAUUCAAAUAAGAGAUGCUUUUAAGGCAUAUUUUCGGGGGCAGUUUCUUGGCAGGAGGGUGCAAUUAAUGCCGGAAAAUGGUAGACGUUUUGAAAUUUGCGUUUUUUUAAAUAAGUCAUAAAUGCUUAAAAAUGUUGCAUAUCCAGUUGAUCUAUGUAAUUGUUAAGCAAUCUAGUAACAGUUUAACGAAAAUAUCCUGUUUGUAUUCAAUUAUUUCUUAAAAAGGACCCGUCAACAAUAAGUUCUUUCAUAUGUUAUUUAAAUGGAUAAUUAAAGCAAUAGUUAAUUAGCA